CGGCACAGUCAACCUGAAAAAGGAUGCCAGUAGAGUAGACAAUAAGCUCUAGACUAGAAGGCGCGUUCCUCCAGAAGGUUACAACAUCGAAAUGCAUCAAUCCAAGCUCCAACAACUGCGGCUUUAAUGGCCCACACCAUCUUCCAAUCCUCAUUCACUUCAAAGUUUCGAAAUCCACAGAACCACCUCUCUCUUCCCACCUCUGGUGCACUCACUCUUCCACCAGUCAAACCAACGAUAAUCUGCUCGGUGUUUGCAAACAAUGCAGAAACCGGCGGAGGUGAUCUUCGAGUCAUAUUCGCGGCGGGCGGCACCGGCGGUCACAUCUCUCCGGCGGUGGCUAUUGCCGACGAGCUCAAAACCCGAAACCCGCAAACCAAAAUCCUCUUCAUCGGAAACCCUAAAGGAAUGGAACGCACCGCCGUUCCCUCCGCCGGCUACGAAUUCGCCGCCCUCGCCACCACUCCCUUAACUCGGCCCCUCUUCUCCCCACAAAAUCUCUUCCUGCUCCCCUACCGCCUCACCAAAUCCCUAAUUCAAAGUUGGCGGCAACUGCACCGUUUCAACCCCCAAAUUGUAGUUGGGACCGGUGGGUAUGUUUCCUUCCCAGUUUGCUUUGUUGCUGCUGCUCUCAAAGGAGUGAAACUGGUAAUCCAAGAGCAGAACUCAGUGCCCGGAAUCGCGAAUUGGGUACUCUCUUUGUUUGCGGAUAAAGUGUUUGCCGCGUUUGAUUUGACCCGUGAGUGUCUUCCGAGGAAAGACUGCGUUGUUGUUUGUGGGAAUCCGGUUAGGUUAUCUCUGCAAAAGCAGGUGUCGAAGGUGGCGGCGAGGAUGCACUUCUUUCCGAGAUCGGUGGUGGAAAUGGGGGAAUCGGAUGCGAUGGUUGUGUUGGUUCUUGGUGGGUCCUUGGGUGCCAAUGCAAUCAACAUUGCCCUCUGGAAUUUGUACUAUCAGAUGUUGAUGCGGCGCAAGAACUUGUUUAUCAUUUGGCAGACGGGCGUGGAAGCAUUUGAUGAGAUGGAGAGCCUAGUGAAAAGUCAUUCUCAUUUGGUUCUUACGCCGUUCUUGCAUGCUAUGGAUUUGGCAUAUGCAGCUGCAGACCUUGUUGUUUCAAGAGCUGGUGCAAUGACUUGCUAUGAGAUCUUGGCUACUGGGAAACCUUCUAUUCUGAUACCAUCACCAAAUGUUGCAGAAGGACAUCAACUGAAAAAUGCUUCACUAUUGGCAGAUUUAGCAGGGUCAAGGGUUAUAACUGAAGAUGAACUUGAUUCAACGACCCUUGGAACUGCCAUUGAGGAGAUUUUAGGGAAUGAGAUUCUAAUGGCGAAGAUGUCUGAGAGGGCCCUAAAGGCUGCAAAGCCUAAUGCCUCUGUCGAAAUUGUGGAACACAUUAUUUCUCUAGUUAAUUAUUGACGGCAAAAGAGGCGUAAAAGGUCGAGUUGUGAACGAUGAAUUGUAGGUAUCCGUCCACUUGACAGAAUGUUGUGGGAUAUAUUUCUCUAGCCUAUUGUCAUCAAAUAUGUAAAAAAGAAGUGAAACCCUGGUGUUGUUUCGAUGAUUUACCAAAACAUGAAAUAGCCCAUUGAAUACCGACAGACUUUGUCUUGCUUAUAAGAUUGUCUCUUUGUCAGAUA